CGUGGCCGGAAGUCUCUUCGAGAGGGGCGGCUCCGCGUGACCGGAGUCCGCGCGUAGGAGGGGUCAGAGGUCUAGUUCCACAGACUGACGAGGCGUAGGACUGGCGGGCAGACCGAGAGGCUGGUAGCCUGAAGCGGCCCCAGCAGCGUUCCCUGCGCGGAGACAGGAUUUUCCUGGAGAGAAUCUUCAUUCAGAGAUUUGCUGAUAGCCAAGGAUGGCAAGCCAGGGGCCUUCGGCCUCUGCAUCCCCCGAGAACUCCAGUGCAGGGGGACCCAGUGGGAGCAGCAAUGGCAGUGGUGAGAGCGGAGGCCAGGACAGCACCUUCGAGUGCAACAUAUGCCUGGAUACAGCCAAGGACGCCGUCAUCAGCCUGUGUGGCCACCUCUUCUGUUGGCCGUGUUUACAUCAGUGGUUGGAGACCAGACCUAACAGACAGGUGUGUCCAGUUUGCAAAGCCGGCAUUAGCCGAGACAAGGUGAUCCCACUGUACGGCAGAGGCAGCACUGGGCAGCAGGACCCCAGGGAGAAGACCCCUCCUCGUCCUCAAGGCCAGAGACCAGAACCAGAAAAUAGAGGGGGAUUUCAAGGAUUUGGAUUUGGAGAUGGUGGCUUCCAGAUGUCUUUUGGAAUUGGGGCAUUUCCCUUUGGCAUAUUUGCCACAGCGUUUAACAUAAAUGAUGGGCGGCCUCCUCCAGCUGUCCCUGGGACACCGCAGUAUGCAGAUGAGCAGUUCCUGUCACGCCUCUUCCUGUUUGUGGCACUCGUGAUCAUGUUCUGGCUCCUCAUUGCCUAAUGCUGGGCUUCUGCCUGCAUCUACAGUAGGGUCUCUGGACUGGUGAUGUGCAACCCUCAAGCCUGGUAUUUGGCUUCUUGGCUAAUUCUGACCAUAGGAGUCAGUGGGGUCAAUAACACUUCAAGGAGUCUAGCUUCUCCAUCAGAGUUUUGAAACUCAGCAACCAGUUGGAGAGGAGCCCCGAGUAUCGCCACUACUGUAAACGCCCUCUGAAACCUCAGGCUCUGGUGUUGACAGCAUGAAAUCCUGUUCCAGCCAAUUCAGCAGGUCCUGACUAUACAUGAAGAGGUGGGAAGAAAUUUUACCUGAGUUUCAUAUCACAAAAAACAAAGGAACCAAAUGGUAUUUAUGGAAACUUACUUUGAUCUCUUUAAAUACCCCUUGGUAACUGGCCUCUGUAGCCAUUGGGGGCUCCUCAUAUAGAGAGGUUCCCCUCCCAAAUCCUCUGUCUUCUCUGUCACAUUGUUCCACAUAUUUUUGUUUUGCCUCCUAUUACUUGUGUUUUGGGAAGCUUUUUAGUGUAGAGGAUUCUGUUGUAAAGAAAUGAAGUGCUGUUCUGUCCUCUUUCCUCCUCCUCUUCCUCCUCUUAGCAGAGACCCAAAAUGUUGCUGUCCCAGGAAGAUCAUAAUUACAGCAGCUGAAGCCACUUCAUGAGUUCACCAGAGACCCAAAGAUCAUUGAUUGGCUCUGGGCCUUGCUCAUUGUUUUUGGCCCCAGAGAGCAGCAUAAAUGACCUCCUGGUUUCAUGGUAUAGAUUGUCCUUGGUAAGACAUACGACUUCACCCACAGAUUUUCUGUCACCUUUCCCCCUCAGAACUAUGUCUGUCUGCCUACUCUAUCAGAGGGCAACCAGCAUAGACUACUACUGAAGCUGAGACUGCCUGUUGUGCAUUAGGAAUGACCUGGAGUUGGGCCCUCAAUGGGAUUCAGAGCUCUGGUGCAGGCAGAGCUGAACAAGUAGCCCUGUCCCCUAUGCUGCAGAAACUGAGUGCGCCCUUGCCCAGAGGAAGCUGGAGGCUUUGUCAGAUCAGCCCAGCUGCAUGUGGAAAACCACCAUCCUGAGAAGCCAAGUUGUCCCUUAUGAAGAAGCAGCAAAGGGGGUGACUCACCUGUGACCCUGCCUUUUGGUUCCCCAAAAACUUGUAUGUGUGCUAAAACAUAGAAGUGUGUGACACCUGAACAGGCAACCCCUGAUAGUUUGUGAAGCCAGACAGCAGGCCUGGGGGACCUCAGUACAAUGAUACAGUGUCAUCUUCCUACCUGUGGAAUUCAGGGGAAGUUAUUUUUUCCAAGCCCUUGAUUUCUUUUUCCAUUUUAUAAGCUUCAUCCUGAUUGCAAGAGAGUAGUGCCAGGCAGGUAGACACUGUACUUGGUAGGACAGUUCUUGCUCAGCCUGCCAGGCUUCAUCCUAGAUGCCCGGCUUCUUGGAGACCUCCAUGGUGAAGUGAGAUGGACUUCUGCUGGAGACCUCUUGCACACUUUGCCAAUCCACACCGUUCCUGGCUCAUCCCCAGCAAUACCCAACAAAUAGAAAGCCCCAGCUAAAGGUUCCCACCCCUUUUCCUUUGUACCUGCUACUACCAGAGUUCAGUAUUUAAAAAAUAUGUAAAGUAUUGAAUAGGUGGUUGGUUUGCUGGAUCCAGUUGGUAGGAAUAAGCCACCAGCUGUAUAGUGUGCCUGAUGGAUUUUAAACAUUCUUGGGCACCCCUCUUUUUAAUCAACUUCUGGACCCACAGUCACAGUGAAUUAUCUCUGCUCUGAUGUUAACUCCACAGCUAGUGGAAGGAGAGUUAACUUCAGCCAGUUGAGCCCAGGAGAAAGAUUAAAGAAGAGUGGUGGGUAGAAAGAUAAAUCAUUUCAAAUAUUUAAUGAAAUGGAGCCCAGGAGCCCCACCAGCAAAAGCAUCCCAGGAACUUGUUAACAGAGCCAGAUUGGCCAUAUUCCCUAAUUGUGAAUUUUAUAGAUCCCCCCCUUACUCUCUUUCACCCUCUGGGGCAGGAGAGCCAACUUGGGACUGCUGGCCCAGCCCUAGUGGAGUCCCCUUCCCGCUGCUCUUCUGCAGGCUCCUUACUCCUCUGCCAAGGCUGCUCACCUUUCUUCUGUGUUUUCUCUGCCUCCACCCUUUUACUCCCCUUGUGGACUAGGACCAGGUCCUGACCACAGUCAGAAAAUGGCAAUAUGUACAGCAGCACACCUUGAACAGUCACUAAUUUUCACUGUUGUGAAAGUGUUUUGAUUUAGAAUUAAAUAAAUGGUUUUCCAUUACUGUGA